AUGUCUCGUAACGGGACCACCCUCUACGUGACCGGCUUCAGCCACGGCACUCGCGCGCGCGACCUCGCGUACGAAUUCGAGCGCUAUGGCCGCCUUGUGCGCUGUGACAUCCCAGCGCCGCGGUCCGCCAGCAGCAGGUUGUUUGCUUUCGUGGAGUACGAGGACCGCCGCGAUGCGGACGACGCCUACCAUGAUAUGCACAACAAGCGUAUCGGUCGGGACGACGUCCUGAAGAUCGAGUGGGCCCGCACCCCUCCCUCUGCCUCGUGGCGUUUUGAGCGCAACGAGCGGGACAGACCGCGCCGUUCGUCCCCGCGCCGCCGCUCGCCCAGUCCUCGUCGCCGUGACUACUCCCCCCGGAAGGACGACCGCCGUGACCGCGACCGCGACCGUGACUACGACCGUGACCGCCGCGACACCCGCGACCGCUCUCGCAGCCCCGAUCGUGACAGGGACCGUGAGGUCAAGGACGACCGUGACCGUGACGAGCGCGACCGUCGCGAAAACGGCACUAACGGUGACGACAGGAAGCCUAUCGAUAGUCCCGAACGACCGGCCCACGACGAUCUUGACGUCGCCGAAUGA